AUGGACGAAAUAUGGGUGGAAGUUGGUGAAGAGCCCACAUCAAAACAACCAACAGAGCGUCCUGUCACAACCAAGGAUGCGGAGGGGACCACAGCACCAACAGAAUCUUCUGGCCCAACCAAAGAAAUGGACGUAAUUUCAAAAGGGAAACCAACAGAACCUCCGACCCCAUCCAAGGGAACUGAGCUAAAACUCACCCAGAAACCAACAACUCCUCAUGAAGCAACAAUAGAAACUGAGCCUUCUUCUACUACUACCGAAACAAAAGCCAGUAUAAAACCUUCAACCAGCGCACAAACUACGGUCACACCUAUCACUGCAGCUCCCACCUCCCACAACCCACAACUACAAAAAAAACAAUCAACUGCUCUUCCACCAACGACCAAUGCUACAGCAACCACAGAAAAACCAACAACCACUGCUCCAACAACCAUAGCACAACUAACAACCACAGAGAAACCAACAGCCACAGCACAACCAACCACCACAAAAAAACCAUCAACUUCUGCUCCACCAACAACUGCCGCACCAACAACUGCCGCACCAACUACCACCGAACCAACAACCACCGCACCAACAACCACCGCACCAACAACCACCGCACCAACAACCACCGCACCAACAACCACCGCGCCAACAACCACCGCGCCAACAACCACCGCGCCAACAACCACCGCGCCAACAACCACCGCGCCAACAACCACCGCACCAACAACCACUGCACCAACAGUCACCGCACCAACAGCCACCGCACCAACAGCCACCACACCAACAACCACCGCACCAACAACCACCGCACCAACAACCACCGCACCAACAACUACCACAUUAACUACCACUGCAUCAACAGCCACUGCACCCACAACCACCGCACAAACAACCACCGCACCAACAACCACCGCACAACCCAAAACUAAAGAAAAACCAACAACCACUGCUACGGCAACCAAAGCACAACCAAAAACCACAGAAAAACCAUCAACUACUGCUCCACCAACAACCACUCCUCCGACUGCUCCAUCAACAACCAUCGCACCAACAACGACAGCACAACCCAGAACCACAGAAAAACUAACUACUGCUCCACCAACAACCACUGCUCUGGCAACCACAACACAACCAACAACCACAGAAAAACCAACUACUGCUCCACCAACAACAAUUGCUCCAACAACCUAGACAACCUCUU